CAUGAUGCUAUAAUAAACAUGUUUAAAAAAAUAAAACCGUUUUAAUCACAGUUUUUUUUUUUUUAAUUAACUUUGAGUUUUGCUUGCUUGUAUUGUACAACCAUAGGAAAAAAAAAAAUUGCAAAACAGGGAGAAGUAACUAAUAAAUUGAGAAUUUCAUAAUAACAAAAUAAAAUUACUCACAACUAACAUAAUUCGAACUUUGUUCAGUCAUAAAUGACAUUUUCUACAAUUCGCAGCCCUCACUGAAUACUGAGGUACCCACAGCAUUCAGUACCUACGCAUCACACGUCAGUUUUAAUGUUUGCGAAAAAGAAAUUCUCAAUAAAAUAUAGGUGUCGGUAUUAAUCGAUUAACUUGUAAAAUGUAAUGCAACGAUAUUAUAAUGAACUGGAAAUUCGUAUUGAAAUGUUCAAGUGUCCUACUGUACCUACUCCGUCUGAUGAAAUGCGGACAAAGAAAAACGUACGUGCAUUUGUUCACCUUGUUUAUUUUUAAUUAGUUACCUAACUAUAUUAUAAUACAAUUGUAACAACAAAUUAGGCAAAUAGACUCGGGGUUAUAUUUUACUCGUGAGUAGGGUAUCCCCGUUUUGCUUAGACGGCCAAUGGACCAGAGUAUAUAAACCGCUGAGGUUGUUAACGGAAGGUACAUUCAACAAUCAAACAUGGCUCACUUCACAUCUUUGGUAAGCAUUUAACUACUCUAUCUACUUGUUAUCUGUAUAUAGAUAUUCGUAUACAGACAAACAUUUUCAAUACGCCGUUCUACUAACAAGUUCUAGUAUUACAAAUAUUUUAUUAGUAUAAUAUAUUUUAACCGCGUUUGUGUUGUAAUUGUGUAUUAGAAAUUCUCGUUUUAACUUUUCGUUUUUCCAUCAAUGUUAUUCUAGUUAUUAAGAUUAUUAAUAACAACUAAUCUAAAUCUAAUUUAAAUAUACUUAGUAAAUUCAAAUGCUUAAAAUUAAAACAAUAACUUACUCGUAAAAAUUGUUAUUGUUAUAGUACGAGUGUUUUAAUUUAUUUAUUUAAAUUAUUGUAACAUAUUAUUAUGCAUUGGACUAUAACGUUAUAACGUUAUAAUUAAAGGUUUUUUUUUUAAAUUUCAAAUGUUAAAAAUAUUUUAUAUUCAUUAAAUUUUAUUAAAUCAGUAAGUCUAAAACUGGUUUUUUUUUUUAGUUCUAAAAUUAUAAUUAUUAUAUCGUUAAUCUCAGAGAAGAAAGAAUUAAUUUAUAUCUUUUGAUAUAACACAUUAAGUGUUGAAAAUAAGUACGUCUAAACUAAUACACUAAUAAAGUAUAUACACUAAUUUAUCUUAAAAAUAAAUAUAACUUGGACCAAAAAAUAAAGGUAAAAAAUUGCAUACAACAAAAUUAAAAAAUAAACGACAAAUAUUAAUUUAAGCCCUUCUUCCCUGGAGUAAAAGGCUUAUAUUGUCUUAAUCACUCAUAUUAAGCACGCAAAAGGAAUUAAAUUUAUUCUGCAGACAUAUCCCGAACUUUUAUAAUUGAAAUAACUUAAAUAUAACAUUUUAUAAUUUGUUUUUUCCUCAUUAUAGUUGCUGAUAUUUAUGGCGUGUUCAGUAACCCGUUAUGCGUCGGGAGCAGAAUUGUCCAAACUUUCAGAACUGAAACCGGAGGCAAAAUCGGAAAACGCCGCGGACAGUGCCCCGACUGCUAAAAGAGUGGUUUUCGGCGCGUUCCAUCCGGCUAAUCAUCAUUUCGCUUCUGGCGGUGGUGGUGGUGGAGGCGGCGGAGGAUUUGGUCAGGGCUAUGGUUCCGGGUCUGGUAACGGAGCGGGCUUAGGCUACGGAUCGGGCGGCGGCGGCGGCGGCGGCGGCGGCGGCGGUGGUGGUGGCGGCGGAAGCGGAGGUGCCGCACCAAUUAGUAGUAGCUACGGUACCGGCUCCGGCUACGGUCAAGGGAGCAGUGAACAAGAAACUACAGGGUCCACUGGCAGCGGAUACGGUCACGGAUCUAGUGGAACCUUUGCGAACGCUUUCGGUGCCGGCCAGGGAAGCGGGUACGGCAGUGGGCCCGGUGGAUUCAACCAGGGUAGCGGCAAUAAUUACGGCCAAGGAAGCGGUGGUGGUACCGGAAGCGGGUUCGGAAGUGGUUUCGGACACGGUGGAGGCUUCGGACACGGCGGAGGUUUCGGACACGGUGGAGGUUUGGGUCACGGACAUGGUGGGGGCUUCGGCCACGGAGGAGGUUUGGGUCAUGGACACGGAGGAGGUUUGGGCCAUGGACACGGCGGUGGUUUCGGUCACGGCGGAGGGUUCGGUCACGGCGGAGGGUUCGGUCACGGCAGCGGUGGUGGUGGCGGUGGAGCUGGAUAUGGUGGCGGCCAUGGUUUCUUUCUGAUGCACCACAAGCCUCAAAUUUCAGGAGCCGUCGGCCACGGCAGCGGUUUCGGGUUUGGCGGCGGAGCCGGUGGAGGUGGUAGCGGUAACGGAGGUGGCGGUGGAAACGUGGGUGCAGGAAACGGCGCGGCGUCGACUUACGGAUAAUGCGGUGGUUGUUUAAAACUCAUCUGGACGGACCAUGAAAAAACACAAUAAUACAAAUUCAUUAUACAUGUAAACAUAUUUACUUCUUCACCUAAAAUGUAUUCGUGCGUGUCCUACACUGACAACAUAAACCUACCACACCGAUAAAUUAUAUUGUAUUACAUUAUUCAUUAUAUAUUAUUGUAAUUAUUAAUAAAUUAUUUCGAUUAUUUUACGAUCUACUUUUAAUAUUGAGACGUUAUUUUAUGUUAAAAAGAUGAAGAAAAAUAUUAAUUUGCAAUAAACCAAAAGAAACUGUGUUUCAGAUAGAUACAAAUAUUUUUUUUUUCUUCAAAUUAUAAUAUACUUUAUAUUACAUACAUAUUUUACAUUAUUUUUCAUUAAACCGUAUAUAAAUUAUAGAAAAUUAUAAUCGUUCAAAUAUUAUAAUCUAUUCAUUAUGUUUACCGCAAUACUG